AUGGACGCAGCGAAACCUCAGUGGAAUUGGCCGUCUGACCUCCCAAUGGGAGGCUCAACGGGCAACAGCCACUCUGAAGCCGAUCCACCCGAGAAGUCAGAGUCUGUCAAGUCUGAGGACCAGGGCCAACAGGACAGAGAGCAUCCCCAGGAGCUACCUCAGUCUCCGCCCAAGCAAAGAUACUACGGGCCUCGAACAUGUCGCAUCUGCUUCGAGUCGGUUCACCCCAUUUUCGAAGAGCCAAGUGUCAUGAGCGGCUUCAUGAACUCACGUCCACGGCCUGUUUACAUAUCCGACGACCCCGACUCUGGACGACUCAUCUCACCAUGCAAGUGCAAGGGGUCUCAACGCUACGUCCACGAAGGGUGUUUGCAAGCUUGGAGGUAUGCCGACUCGACAGCUACGCGGAACUUCUUCGCAUGCCCCACCUGCAGCUACCAAUACAAGCUGGAGCGAUUAUCAUGGGCGAAUCGUUUGCAGGGGACAUUUGCCCAAAUUGUACUAACAAUCCUCAUCUUCAUCGUUUCGGUCUUCAUUCUUGGUUUCAUUGCGGAUCCGAUUUUGAAUCUAUGGACUGAUCCCAUGGGCGCAAUCGCUGAUAUGGCGGCGAAUGUUCUCGACGACAUCGAAGCAAUUCACGAGCCUGUACCUGAGAUGGGUGCGGAGCCUGGAACAUGGCUGGAACACUUCCUCAAAGGCUUCUUUUCUCUUGGGCUGCUUGGGUUCGUCAAGUCUCUCUUCGCCCUUUCGCCUGUCCAAUGGUGGAACUUGAGGUCCAGCGGUAUUCUCAGUACUUCUGGACGUCGAGCUGGGACUGGUCGCGCGCGUGUUGAGAAUAUCAACGUGGCGUUGGUCGUCAUUGGUGCCGCGACCUUUAUGUGGGGAGUAUGGAAGGGCGUGAGAAAGUUCAGUGCUUCCGCUCUGCAACGUGCGAGCGACAGAGUCUUCGAUGUGGGCGGUGACGAUGAUGAGGACGAAGAUAUCAAGGAAGACUAA